AUGCGUCGAGAUCACAUAUAUCUCCCUGCUGGGUCUGCCGCGUUGCAGGUGAGCGGUCUACUUUCUUCCGACUCGCUGGGAUGUGCGGCUCCAAUCAACGUCCUCGCGAUGCUCUACAAUGUCUUCGGCGACUUGAAUACACAGGUCCCGGAUUUCUCGGGAUCAUUCUCUUUACCUUUGAAGCGGAAGUGGCAAGAACUCUCGAAGACUGAGAAGGGCAUCGAGAAGAUGCUAGGAUUGAUCUGGACCGACAUUACCGCGAAUUACAUCACCUCCUCCAGAAACCAGCUCAAUUCCAAAUUCAGCAGCACGACAACAUACGUUGACCGCCAGGCGCAGGAUGUUCCAGAUACAGCCACUGUCGAGGUCCUCGCCUACAGCGUCGUGACUCGAUAUCACCUCCGUUAUGCCGCCUUGGCGAUCGCAGUUCUGACAAUGUACGUUUGCGCCCUCAUUAUGGCGAUAAUAAUGUGCAUCACACGAAGAACGACAUUCCAUUCACUUAAAUCAUUGCUUCAGCAGACGAGUGUCGGCCGAGCAGUGGUAUUGGAGCGCUAUAAGAAGGAUAGCACUGGGUCACAAGCCAAGAUUAUGGACACUAAGACGUUCGUUCGCGAAUUUGGUGAUGAGAAACUCGACAUUGCAAAGGAACACGGGGCAGUUCAGUACGCUCCUGGUCCCUCACAACAGUUUCAGCCAGUGAAGAUUGAGCACAUCUCGAAAGGAAUUGAUCAUGAACCCUCACGUUGCGAAUGA